UACAAUACCACCAACAGAAAACAGCGGAAAACAACCACCAUUACGUCCUCUAUCACCAUUACGUCCCCUAUCACCAUUGCGUCCUCAACCACUAUCAAAUACUCAAAUACCAUCGUAUCCUCGGGCACCCUCAAAAGACGAUGGUAAGAAAAUUAAAAAAGGGAAUAAAAAGAAAAACUCUUCGUCAAAGAAAAAUAAAGGAUCAGGAGGACAACCAGAUGGAUCUGACUCAAGCUCCGAUUCUAGUUCUGAAUCUGACGAAGAACCAGAAAAAUCUGCAUUACCUGAAUUCCCAAAAAUAACACCCACCAACGCCACCCAUAUCGUUAAAGAACACAAGAUUCCAAUGUUUCGAGGGGACGACGACGAUGAAGAUCCGAUUGAAUGGCUUAAUGACCUAAUUAAGGUCAGCAAAGCAAAUGGUUGGGAUAGAGCAACAGCCUUACGCCAAAUACCAAUCGCAUUGAAAGAUAUCGCAGCAGACUGGUAUCAAGGACUGUCAAAUAAAAAGAAGACAGAUGUAGAUGAAUUUAUUAAGGCUUUCGCUAAACAAUUCUCCGAUACGGCCACUACAGCCAAAUUACACACAAAGAUCGCGACAUUAAGAAAAGAGGAAAGCGAAAGUGUUGCCCAGUAUUACGGCAAGUUCACAAAAUUAUUACGACGAGCCGACCCGAAAAAUAAGUACUAUACCAUCAAGCAAAAAGCUGAUCUAUUUAUUCGAGGCCUAGAUAAAAAACUUCAGAAAAAGGUUUUUAGCCCGAGAAUUAAAACGCUAGCUGAAGCUUAUAAAAAAGCAAAAGAAGCAGAGACAAUGCUUACUUAUAACGAAUUCUCCACUAGCAUAAAUGCUGUAUUGAACGGAGAAACGAAAAAUGCCGAUGGACAACGGAUAAGACGUUUGGAGAAGACCAUCCAAACAUUGAUAGCCGAACAACGGGAAGCGAGACGAGAAAAAGAUCAGACGAAGGAAGAAAUGAAAUGCCAUUAUUGCGGAAAGAGAGGCCACCUAAUCCGUGAAUGUCGAAAUAGGUUAUUCGAUCAAAGAAGAGAACGAACAACCAAUCAGAAUGGUCGAUUUAAUUCAUAUUCAACAUCGCGAAAUAACCAACAACCAUUCGUGUUAUAUCGAGAUCCAAGACUGCCAAUUAGGCAAGAUCAACGAGAUAACCGAAACAACCAAACAUUCCGAAAUACUCCAAUUAACCAAACGUAUAGACCAACAGAAAGAAGGAACUAUAAUCAAAAUAAUCGACAAAAUUACAAUCAACGACCAUCUACUCCUCGAAACAUACAGAGGACUUAUCUAAAUAUCGAAACAGAACAGGAAGAACUAACCACGGAAGAGUCCGAAGAAGAAUCCAACGAAUCUGAUGAUAGUUCG